AUGUCCACUCCAAAGCCUCUCCAGACUUCCUUGCCUGGGCGGGAUCGUGUGCCAUCAGCCAAAGUUCUUGACAAGAACAAUGGUGAAGCUCCCAAUGCACGUCACAAGCGUGGGAUGACUGUGAAGCAUGUCCUCGAGCUUGUCAAAGAGAUCUCGCAUCUUGUUCCCCGUCUUCCUGACACUGUGCCUGGUCCCGACCCCAAUGACAACAAGAUCCUUUGUCUUCUCUCCUCCAAGCCAUCGGAGGAUGACACCACUGCAUCUCUAUUCAAUCGCCGUUUUGAUGUACUCUUUGGAGAAGACUGCCGGAAUGAUGCAGGGCGAAUGAUUUAUGUGAGACGAGGAGAGGAUGGGAUGGAUCUUGUUGUGACUUACCUGAAUUCCAUCCAAUGGGAGUCAGACAACAAUCUGCUUGGAAUCGCGCCCAUCAAACUCGAGCAGAUGGUCACCGAGCUACGGCAUCUCUGCUCGACCGGGAACCCACCAAGCGAGAAACCAAAGGGAAAGAAAGCUCCUGGACCACGUCCACUCACAGAUCUCGAACGUCUUGCAGACGCAAUCCUUGACACAGCAACAGGGAAGAAGGGCAGAGGGAAGAAGAAGGCAGCGACCACUACUACGAACGCCAGUAGCGACAAUGACAGCGAUUAUCUGCCACGAGCGCCAAACAAUGCAUCGGAGGAGGAGGAGGAUGACUUUGAGCUCACGGAGAUUGAAGAUCUAGGGCUUCCGACACCUCGGCGCCCUCAAAAACAUCUAUUGGUCGAUGGAAAGGCAGCGCCAGCACCAUCUAAACGAGCCAAAAAGAUGGGUGCUGCGGCAAAGACUGGUCCUGCAGUCGAGGUCAUUGAUAUUGACGAGGACGAGGAUGACAAUCUAGCGCCUGGGCUAGGAGGGAAGCAGGGCCCGAAGUCUGACACCCUCACCCACUUCCGACCACCGCGUGCAAUCAUUGCUACCGGAGGCAGUCAUAGAUGGGAGUUUGUGUGUCUCCACUGCGGUGAAAUGCUGAGGGCGCGCUCACAAGUGAAUCUACUAUGA